GGGGCCCGACGCCAGCGUUCCCGGCGGCCGCUCCAGGGCCAGCCCGCGCGUGCGCCCGGGAGCCGCGCGCCACAGUCCCUGGCCGGGGCCCGGGACCCCUGAGCAGCGCGCAGAGCCCGACGGGCCCGCGGCCGCGAUGCCGGACGAGCUGACAGAGCCUGGGCGCUCCACGCCGGCCCGCGCCUCCUCCUUCCUCAUUGAGAACCUGCUGGCGGCCGAGGCCAAGGGCGCCAGGCGCGCGGCCCAGGGCGGCGGCGGCCGCGAGGACGAGGAGGAGGACGACGACGACCCGGAGGACGAGGACGCGGAGCAGGCGCGGAGGCGGCGACUGCAGCGGCGGCGGCAGCUGCGCGCGGGCGCGGGGCCCGGCGGGGAGGCGCGGGCGCGGGCGCUGCUAGGACCGGGCGCACUGGGCCUCGGGCCCCGGCCGCCCCCCGGCCCCGGGCCGCCCUACGCGCUGGGCUGCGGCGCCGCGACGCGCUGGUACCCUCCGGCGCACGGCGGCUACGGCGGCGGCCUCAGUCCGGACACCAGCGACCGGGACUCACCGGAGACGGGAGAGGAGAUGGGCCGCCCGGAGGGUGCCUGGCAGCGGGCCCCGGGAGCCGUGCAGCGAGAGGCCGCAGAGCUAGCGGCGCGGGGCUCAGCGGCCGGUACGGAGGAGGCGGCCGAGUUGGCCGAGGCCCCCGCAGCGGCGGGCGAGGCGCGCGGCGGAGUCGGCGUCGCUGGCGGUCGCAAGAAGAAGACGCGCACGGUCUUCUCGCGCAGCCAGGUCUUCCAGCUCGAGUCCACUUUCGACCUGAAGCGCUACCUGAGCAGCGCGGAGCGCGCGGGCCUCGCUGCCUCCCUGCAGCUCACCGAGACGCAGGUCAAGAUCUGGUUCCAGAACCGUCGAAACAAGUGGAAACGGCAGCUGGCCGCAGAGCUGGAAGCAGCCAGCCUGUCCCCGCCGGGCGCGCAGCGCCUCGUCCGUGUGCCGGUGCUCUACCAUGAGAGCCCUCCGGCCUCAGCCGCCCCCGGCCCACCGGCUGCCGCACUGCCCUUCCCGCUAGCGCCCGCCGCGCCCGCGCCGCCACCGCCGCUGCUUGGCUUCUCUGGGGCCCUCGCCUACCCGCUGGCCGCCUUCCCGGCAGCUGCCUCCGUGCCCUUCCUGCGGGCGCAGAUGCCGGGCCUGGUGUGAGCCCCACCCGCUGGGCCCACUGCCUGGGGCCCCUGGGGACCUCUGGGGCAGCCCAGG